CACACAAGGGAGGAACCCUACAAGUGUAACCAAUGUUCAUAUUCUUGUGCUCAGAAAGGUCAUCUCACAAUACAUAUGAGGACUCACACCGGAGAGAAACCCUACAAGUGUAAUGAAUGUUCAUAUACUUGCUCUGUUAAAUCAAAUCUUGUCCAACACCAACGUACUCACACAGGAGAGAAACCCUACAAUUGUAACGAAUGUUCAUAUUGUAGUGCUCAUAAAGGUCACCUCACAGCGCAUAUGAGGACUCACACGGGAGAGAAACCCUACAAGUGUAACCAAUGUUCUUUUCACAGUGCUCAAAAAAGUGAUCUCAAGAAACAUAUGAGGACUCAUACGGGAGAGAAACCAUACAAGUGUAAAGAAUGUCCAUAUUGUAGUGCUAAGAAAGAUGAUCUCAUGAAACAUAUGAGGACUCACACCGGAGAGAAACCCUACAAGUGUAAUGAAUGUUCAUAUACUUGCUCUGUUAAAUCAAAUCUUGUCCAACACCAACGUACUCACACAGGAGAGAAACCCUACAAGUGUAACGAAUGUUCAUAUUGUAGUGCUCAGAAAAGUCGACUCACAUUACAUUUAAUAAAGACUCACACGGGAGAGAAACCCUAUAAGUGCAAGGAAUGUUCAUUUGCUUGCUCUGUUCAAUCAAGUCUUGUCCAACACCAACGUAUUCACACAAGGGAGGAACCCUACAAGUGUAACCAAUGUUCAUAUUCUUGUGCUCAGAAAGGUCAUCUCACAAUACAUAUGAGGACUCACACCGGAGAGAAACCCUACAAGUGUAAUGAAUGUUCAUAUACUUGCUCUGUUAAAUCAAAUCUUGUCCAACACCAACGUACUCACACAGGAGAGAAACCCUACAAUUGUAACGAAUGUUCAUAUUGUAGUGCUCAUAAAGGUCACCUCACAGCGCAUAUGAGGACUCACACGGGAGAGAAACCCUACAAGUGUAACCAAUGUUCUUUUCACAGUGCUCAAAAAAUUGAUCUCAAGAAACAUAUGAGGACUCAUACGGGAGAGAAACCAUACAAGUGUAAAGAGUGUCCAUAUUGUAGUGCUAAGAAAGAUGAUCUCAAGAAACAUAUGAGGACUCACACCGGAGAGAAACCCUACAAGUGUAAUGAAUGUUCAUAUACUUGCUCUGUUAAAUCAAAUCUUGUCCAACACCAACGUACUCACACAGGAGAGAAACCCUACAAGUGUAACGAAUGUUCACAUUGUAGUGCUCAUAAAGGUCACCUCACAGCGCAUAUGAGGACUCACACGGGAGAGAAACCCUACAAGUGUAACCAAUGUUCUUUUCACAGUGCUCAAAAAAUUGAUCUCAAGAAACAUAUGAGGACUCAUACGGGAGAGAAACCAUACAAGUGUAAAGAGUGUCCAUAUUGUAGUGCUAAGAAAGGUGAUCUCAAGAAACAUAUUAUGAGGACUCACAGUUCACACGGGAGAGAAACCCUACAAGUGUAA